UACUAUGUCGUAGCUUGCUCCUUUUUGCGCCACACCGUGCACAUGAUGAACAGCCCACCACUUGUUAUCGCCUAAGUGAACUUGAUGGUGAAUACGCUCUGACGUCAAACUACCGGCACAAACACGCUGUCACUUGCUCCUUCCUUGACUUUUUGUUUCCUCCCUAAUAUUUCUUCUUUCCCAAACUCUUUCCUCUCCCCAUUUUAUCCUCAUACGAAAAGCUUCAAGGAAACUAUCAUCACGAUGAAGUUCUCCUUCUCCAAGUUCCUCGUUGUCGCGCUCGCCUCGACUGAGGUUGCUGUUGCUAGCAGUUGGUUUGGCAAAACAGCCUACAACAAAUGGCAUGAGACUGAGCUCGAACGAUGGCUCUCAGACCACGAUGUUCCCUAUCCUACCCCUGCCGAUAGAAAAGAUCUUGAGAACCUCGUCAAGGCAAACUGGCAGUCGAAGGUGGCCGAACCAGUCGUUGCAAGUGGAGACAAAGCCUCCGACAGCUUUGGCAAUGUCAAGGACUGGAUCUUUGACACAUGGACAGACUCGUCUUUGAAGUCGUUCCUCGAUCAUCACGGUAUUCCUGCACCUCAGCCACGUACCAGAGAUAGCCUUUUGUCCUCUGUCCGUCAAAACUACGAAGCUGUGGCAAAGAAAACUGGCGAAUACUACCACUACCCUGGUGACUGGCUCUAUACUUCCUGGACCGAGUCUGAUCUCAAAGAGUACCUCGACGAACGUGGCAUUCCCGUCCCUCAACCCUCCACUCGUGACAAGCUUAUUGCUCAUGUUCGACGCAAUGGUCGAUUGGCUUCCCUCAAGAGUCAAUCAGCAGCUUCUGCUGCCAGCGCCUCCUACUCGAGCGGUUCUUCGGUAGCAAGCAAAUCUGCCGCCAGUGCGCAAGCAAGCCUCAGCGAUGCUCUCUUCGACGCGUGGUCUGACAGCAAGCUGAAGGAUUUCUUGGACACUCAUGGAGUCCCUGUUCCACAAGGCAGCAAGAAGAACGAAUUGGUCGCUCUCGCUCGCAAGCAGCGCUCCGCGCUUGAGAAGUCAGCCUCAUCGGCUUCUGGGUCUCUGUCCUCGACCGCCUCUUCUGCAUCUGGAGCUCUGUCCUCAGGAGCCUCUUCUGCAUCUGGUUCCGCUGCUUCUGCGUUCGGUGCAGCCACAUCCUCUGCUGGCAACCAGUUUGCUAAGGCUACCGAUGAUGCAUCUCUCAUGGUCGACCAAGCCUUCGAGAGCGCAAUCGGUACCUGGUCCGAAUCCCGCCUGAAGGCCUAUCUCGAUGCUCGUGGUGUUCCAGUUCCUCAAGGUGGCAAGAAGGAUGAGCUCCUGGCCCAAGUAAGACUCAACAAGCACAAGGCGGCUACCGGCUGGUCUGCCUGGACCUUCGAUACAUGGACCGUCGACAACCUCCGGUCUUACCUGGAGUCGCAUGGCACGAAAGCCAAGAAGUAUGCCAACGCAAACCGUGACGAACUUGUCAAGCAAGUCCAAGACUCUUACGCUUCCGCAUCCAAGUCCGGCGGUGUUAGCUAUGCCUCUGUCACCAGCUACCUUGCCAAGCAGACUGAUGCUGCAAAGGAUACCACUUUCGACACCUGGUCUGACAGUGAUCUCAAGGCUUACCUUGACAACUACGGUAUUCCAAACUACCAAGGUUCCACCACCAACGAGCUUCGAGCCCAAGCUAAGAAGCAAGCCAACUACUUCCGAUAUGGCACCACCUCUCCUACAGGAUCCAUCUACGAGCGGAUCAAGGGUGGUGUCCAAUGGGUUCUCGGACAGAUCCAGGGCUCAGGUGCCUCUGCUGUCGCGACUGCUGCCGCAAGUGGUAGCUCAGCUGCUAGCGUGGCGUCCAAGAGCGCUACCGACAGUGCCUACAGUGCCAGCUCGGCUGCCAGCGCUGCUUCCAAGAGUGCCUCCAAGAGCGCUGCUAAGGGUGAAUUGUAAGGAAUGGAUAUUUGGUCCGUAAAAUUGAUACCCUGAAAUAUGGUAGACGGUGAAUGCGGCGGAACAGGCGGGGAGAGUCGGUUGAUUAAUCAACGAUCAUGACAUGACACGGAGAUGGGCUGGUAACGGCUUUACGGACUGUACCUCUAGAGCUUGAUAGCUAUGAUAGCAAUAACACAAUGCGAAAAGUAUGAUUAGUGUAUUUAUCAUUUUCUCCAUCCUUUAAUGAUU